AUGGCCCACUCCACAACCCCAGACACCCUCGAGGCGCCCAAGUCCCUCCUCGACAUCUUCCCCCCCGUGCGCAAAUCCCACAUCAUGAACUGCGCCUUCGCCACCUGGCACCCCAUCUACCGGCCCAUCACUCCCAAAGCCCGCACAAUCCCGCUGACCUCCGAAUUCAUGUCCUACCUGCGCGAAGACGGGAUCGUGCUCCCCGACGACGAAGAGCAGAUCACCACGCUCUCCGACUCCGACACCGAGUCCGACGACGAGACCGAGGACGACGAGGGGGACGGCGAGGCGCCGCCGCAGAGGGUGCUCAACCCAACGCAGCGGUUUCCAGAGCUGCACCAGAAGAUCAAGACGACGAUGCGCGAGCUGGGCGGCAGCGUGGCGCCGAAGCUGAACUGGAGCGCGCCCAAGGAUGCGGCGUUCAUGACGGCGACGAAUACGCUGGAGUGUCGCACGCCUGGGGAGGUCUACCUGCUGCUCAAGAGCUCUGAUUUUGUGACGCACGACCUGGAGCAUGCCUUCCGCGACUGCGCCGACGACCCUUACUCCGACGACGCCGACGAGGAACCCACCACCACCACCGCCGCCGCCGCCGCCGCCGACCCAAGCACCACCACCACCGCCACCGUCACCACCACCAACGCAGACUCCCCACCACCACCAAAACUCACGCAAGAAACCAUCCCCUACCACCUCGUCCUUCGCAAAUGGUUCGCCAUCAACCCCUCCCUCGAAUUCCGCGUCUUCGUCUCCUCGCGCCGCAUCCUCGCCAUCACCCAGCGGGACCCCAACCACUACGACUUCCUCCCCGCGCUGCGCCCCACCUUCACCGCCGCCAUUGCCGCCUUCUUCACCGAGCACCUCGCCCCCACGUUCCCCGACCCCGACUUCGUCUUCGACGUGUACCUGCCGCACGCCACGCCGCUGCGCGUAUGGCUGAUCGACAUCAACCCGUUUGCGCCGCGCACGGACCCGAUCCUGUUUUCGUGGGUUGAGCUGCUGCGGCUGCGCAACGGUGAUGAAUCGGGGGGCCAGGGGGAGGGGGAGGGGGCGAGGGAGGUGGAGAUGCGGCUGGUGGGAAGGGAUGAUCCGGAGGCGUAUCAGUUUGCGUCGCAGCAGUAUAGCGCGAGUAAGUUGCCGAGGGAUGUGGUGGAGGUGGGGCUGGAGGGCGAGGAGGCGGUGUGGGAGUUUGCGAGGAGGUGGAGGGAUGUGGUGGAGAGGACCGAGAGGGAGAGGGCUGAGAGGCAGGCGGCGGCGGCGGCGGCGGCGGCGAGGUAG